CUGACGUCAUGAGAUUUCCUGGAAUCUGGUUACAGCCGGAGAAAUGGAAAUGUUACACUCUAAACAAGAUGUACAUUGACGUCAGCGCGGGCAGCUUCAUCAUCACCGUCAUCACCGUCAUCAGCAUGCUGCUCCCAGCCAGGCACACCGAGCCUUCUCUCUACACUUAACCGCUGCCAGACCGCACAGCACCGGGCAACAUGUGGGGUGAGUGCCGGGCACUGGUUCCUGGCUGCCGGAAGGUGACCGCGCAGUCUGUAUAGAGGCCUGAGCGAGAGAACCUUCACAGCCGCGAUAUUGUCAUUGGCUGCCACAGGAGAGAUGCCAGCGCACCAGAUCCACACGCCGGGAUCACUAUUGUCUCAGGGAAUAGUCGUGGCAGCGUCGUCCACAAGCUUGCACAUCCCCCAGCAGAUUGCAGAAGAAACGACGCGGAAGCGGGAGGUGCGACUGAUGAAAAACAGGGAAGCGGCUCGGGAAUGUCGUAAAAAGAAGAAAGAAUAUGUGAAAUGUCUGGAAAAUCGCGUGGCGGUGCUUGAGAACCAGAACAAGACUCUGAUUGAGGAACUGAAGGCCCUCAAAGAUCUAUAUUGUCAUAAAGCGGAGUAACUUUUUUGGACUUUGGACUUGGUUAGAGUCGUUGGCCUUAACGGUUGCAUUUCGGACUCCAAGGUGGACUGCCAUGAGUCUGGGAGGAAGUCCCGUUCAUUUAGGUUUCCGACGAAUCGGGAGUGUAAAUCACAAUAUGAAUUAUUUUAAUUCUUUGUAAGAUAGUGUAUUUUAUAUAAUUGCAUGCAUCAUUUUAUUUUUUGAUAUUUUUGCCUUUCACCGCUUGCAGGGAAGCAGCGAAGGCAUGUCGACUCAGGAGGAAAGAGUACAUUAGAUGCCUGGAGAGCCACAAUGCCUUCCUGGAGAUGCAUAACCAGCAGCUGCUGAAGGAGCUGGAAGCUUAUAGAAAUCUGUAUAGGAAUAGUUCCUGCAGAAACUCCAACAUUCCUUAAAUAUAGCUCUAGUUUGUCACAA